ACUGUGAUGCUUCUUCCACUCGCACUGCACGUGCUUCUGUUCUAUUAACGUUAUCCCGACUUGCUGGUAACGGUCGGACAGCAUCGAAGCGGAGGAAGAAGAAAGGAGAAGAGGAGGAAGAAAUGGCCAUCUCCUUCGCCCUUCUCUCUCCUUCUCCUCGAUUCUAUGGGAGCUUGCAGGUGCACAAGAAAUGGCGCGCCGGAGCUUCUUCUCCCGCCGUCCCUGCGGAGGUCGAUCUCACACCGCUGGAAGUAGCCAUCGCUAAGAAAGAUAGUAAAGCUGUUAAGGAAACUCUUGAUCAGCUGAGUCAAAUUGGUUGGGCAAAGAAAUGGAGCUCUCAACCAUAUGUAUCACGUCGUAUGACAUCCUUGCGGGAGCUAACCACUCUGGGAAUCAAAAAUGCAGAGAACCUUGGAAUACCGAGUGUUAGAAAUGAUGCAGCUUUUCUAUUUACAGUAGUGGGAACUACAGGAUUUCUUGGUGUGAUUGCCGGCCAGCUUCCAGGGGACUGGGGUUUCUUUGUGCCUUACCUGCUUGGGAGCAUUUCAUUGAUAGUGUUGGCCAUUGGUAGUGUUUCUCCUGGUCUUCUCCAAGCUGCAAUUGAUGGAUUCUCUUCAUUCUUUCCUGAUUACCAGGAGAGGAUUGCUAGGCAUGAAUCUGCACAUUUCUUAGUGGCCUACCUGAUUGGGUUACCAAUCUUGGGAUAUUCCCUGGAUCUUGGAAAAGAACAUGUCAAUUUGGUUGAUGAGAAACUUCAAGAACUUAUAUAUAGCGGGCAGCUUGAUGACAAGGAACUGGACAGGUUGGCUGUUGUGUCGAUGGCUGGCCUUGCCGCUGAAGGCCUUAAAUAUGAUAAGGUGGUCGGCCAAUCUGCUGAUCUGUUCACUCUUCAGAGGUUUAUAAAUAGGAGCAAACCACAGAUUAGCAAGGAUCAGCAACAGAACCUCACAAGAUGGGCUGUCUUGUUCGCUGGAUCACUUCUCAAGAAUAAUGCACUGGUUCAUGAAGCUCUUAUGGCAGCAAUGGCAAAAAAAGCUUCUGUUCUUGAGUGUGUUCAGGUAAUAGAGACUGCUGCUUGACUAGUGCGUCCCGAUUUCAAUUUUGUCCAGGAUUCACAAUUGUGUGAAUUGCUUGGAAAAUUUAUAGCAAAAAGUUAUAUAUAGAAAUGACUGGAAAACAUUGCUAAUAAUAUCUCUUUCACUUUGAAGUUAA